AUGGCUGACCCCUCCAGCCGCCCCGGCAGCCUCCGGGUCCUCCGAACCCGCGGCGGCGCGGGGCCCUCGCGAAACUCCUCCGCCCGAUCCUCCGCCGUCUGGGGAGAAGACUACACCUACCUCCACGCCCUGGCGAAUCACAGCAACCUCAGCCUGCGCUCCACGGCGUCGCGCUUCUCCCUCAACGAGCAGUUCGCCGCCACCCGCCGCGAGUACGAAUUCGGCGAUGACGAUGCCUCCUCCUACCUCGAGCGCAUGACCCUCGCCUCCGAGAUGAUGGACGACGUCGGCGGCGGCGACGACAGCACCGUCACCGUCGGCGAUCUCGCGGCGCUGCAGCAGGAGGCCGACGGCGUCGAGGGGGACUACUACGACCUGCUGUGUCUGCCGAAGGACCCGACGCUCACCCCGGACCAGGUGCGCAAGGCCUACCACCGCCUGCUGCUGUAUCUGCACAAGGACGGGCUGCCGGAGAACCUGCACGCGAUCGCGCAGCCGUGGUUCAGCCAGGUGCAGCGCGCCUUCGAGACGCUGAUCGACCCGCACCGGCGGGCGCUCUACGACGCGAGCCAGCUGCGCGAUCUGACGCACGACGUACCCGAGUUCCCCGUCGACGAGGACUACCGGUACGCGUACGACCUGUCGCUAAAGGAGCAGCUGCGACAGAGGGCGGCGGACGUGGUCCAGACGUCGUCGGAUCUGGGGAUCCGGUUCGACGUGUCCAAGGCCGUGAGGCAGAGUUCCGCGCUGACGCCGUUGGACUUUACGUUGAGCCACUCCGUCACCGUGGGGUUGCCGGCCUGGGGGCGUCUGCUGGAUGGAUCGACAUUUAAUUUUGGUCGGUGUGGAUCGAUCGUGUCGAAAAAAGUGCCGUCCAUCGCGGUGAACGAGGAGAAGGGGAUUGAGCAGGCGAGGGAGUCGAUGGUGUAUCUGCCGCCGCCCCAGCUGACUCUGACGGGGUCUGUGUAUGGCAUCGUUGAAGAGAUUUAUCGAGUUCCCCUACCGUUGUUGGCAGAUCGUUACCAGCCUCUGCUGCCACUGACGAUCCCUCGGAAGCGUAUCAUCCAACUGGCGGAGCAGCGGCCAUGUCCCAUGAUCAGCUUCAAAUUCCACCAGGAUAUCAUCCACCGAACGGACGAAGACCACAUAGUAAAGACGACAGUCGAAGUGGAGAGCGAGGCUCUCCCAGAAUCAUCACUAACAGCGCGGGUAUCCCACCCCAUCCAUCUCCCGAACAGCACGAACCCAGUCGUUCUCGAAGGCAGCCUGCGCUCGGGGAGGCCGUGGUACCGCGAGCCGCCGCGCAUCGCGGUCGGCGUGCACCGCUGGCUCGGCGCCGGGACGGCCUACGCCUUCGCCGACAGCGGCGACUGGAGCAUGUGGCCGGGCGAGACGAUCAAGUUCCUCGCCGACUUCUCGCAGGUCAGCAAGACCCAGCUGCUGACCGAGUUCCCCAUGAAGACCUCCGCGAGCUUCGAGGUGGGAUACACGACCUCUCCCGAGCGGGUGCCCUCGGCAGGCCACGAAGACUCUCCGCGGGGCGAAUGCGGCAUCCGCGGGCUGGACUACGAGAACAACAGCACCAACAACGACGCCUCCUGGACCGUCUCGACGUCUCUCACGGCUACUGCCGCGGCGGCGUAUCUCCGCUACGGCCGCGACCUGCCCCUCCCCGGCUCGAAGCCGACGCGGCUCGAGGUAGAACUCUGCUCCAACACACUCCUGGACCGCUACCUCGCCGUCCGCAACCUCUGGAACGUCGGUCGCUUCUCCAAGCUCGGCCUCGAGUUUGGCGUCAGCCUGCACAGCCUGCACCUGUCGCUGUACUGGUCGCGCCUCAGCCAGCGGCUGAGCAUCCCGCUCCUCCUCUCGCCGCGCGCAGAGUACAGCCCCGCCGUCUUCUUCUACGCCAGCGCCGUGCCCCUCGUCGCGUUCGCGGCCAGACAUUUCCUCGCGAAGCGCAAGCGCGCGCCGUCGAUGGAGAUCGAUCUGCAGUCGUACAUCAACCGCAAGCGCGCCGCGGCAGACGACAUUGCGGCACUGCUUGCGGGUCCAGUGGAAGCCAGGCAGCACGCCGAGCGGAAGCGACGCGGGCUUGUGAUACUGAGCGCCAAGUUUGGGGUCAAAGAAGGCGCGGACUGGGCACUCGAGGAGGUUGCGGACGUGACGUUGGCGGUCGCGGCGUUGGUUGAGGACGGCAAGCUGAAGAUCCCGGCGGGUGUGAGGAAAGGGUCGAUGUUGGGGUUCUGGGAUCCGGCGCCGCUGAGGCGAAAGGCGCUGCAUGUGAGGUAUCUUUGGAAGGGGAAGGAGCGGACGAUCGAAGUUAUGGGGCGGGAUGAACUGGUUCUCCCGCCCCUGAAGAGGAGCGCAACAUGA